AUGGCCACACAGAAAGCGGAAGUUACAAUUAGAACCAGAAACUUGUUAGUCAACCCGUUGUUGAAUCGUAAGCAGGUGAUCGUCGACGUCUACCACCCAGGAGUGGUUCAGCCAAAGUCCCAACAAAUCAGAGAGAUGGUUGCCAAGGUUUUCAAAGUCAAGGACCCACAAACCAUCGUGUUGUCCGGUUUCAUGUCCAAGUUCGGAGGAGGAAAAACCACCGGUUUCGCUAUGAUCUAUGACACUUUGACUUCAAUGAAGAGAUACUCAGCCAAAUACGUCCUCAUCAAGGCUGGUAUGGAAAAGAAGACUAAGGCUCCAAGAAAGCAAAGAAAGGAGAUUAAGAAGAAGUGGAGAAUGUGCCACUCCCUCAAGGACUAUAAGCGUAAAGAGAUGAAGAAGGCUUCUCGUAAGAAAAAAUAA